CGGAGAAGGGUCCGAGGUGAGACCCCCACCCAAAAAGGGGGAUUCUGGAGGCGGGGGGAUUUUGGGGGGAUCAGCGCCCUAUUUCCCUCCGCGCAGGGUGCUUGGAGUGGGUGAAGCGGCAGCUGUUCCGCGUCGGGGAGGAUUGGUACUUCCUCUUCAUCCUGGGGGUCCUCAUGGCCACCAUCAGCUUCACCAUGGACAUCAUCGUCGCCAGGCUCCACGGGGCUCACAUGUGGCUGUACCGAGAGAUCGGGGACAUCGGGGUGCUCAAGUACCUCUCGUGGACCCUGUACCCCAUGGCACUGGCCGCCUUCUCCACCGGCUUCUCCCAGAGCAUCACCCCGCAUUCCGGAGGCUCUGGCAUCCCGGAGCUGAAGACCAUCCUGAUGGGCGUGGUGCUGGAGGACUACCUGGCCAUCCAGAACUUCGGAGCCAAGGUGGUGGGGCUGACCUGCACCCUGGCGUGCGGCAGCACCGUUUUCCUUGGGAAAGUGGGUCCCUAUGUCCACCUCUCCGCCAUGGCCGCAGAUUAUCUGGGGAAGAUGAGGACCACGGUCAUAAAGGAGUAUGAGAACAAGUUCAAGCAGCAUGAGAUGCUGGUGGCAGCUCAAGCCGUCGGGGUGGCCACAGUUUUCGGGGCGCCCAUCAGCGGUGAGGACCCUCCUAAUCCCACCCUGGCUCUCCUAAACCUCUCUCUGAUCCCUUUCCCCGUUUUUCCAGGGGUGCUUUUCAGCAUCGAGGUGAUGUCUCCCCACUUUGCCGUGCGGGAUUACUGGCGCGGCUUCUUUGCCGCCACCUGCGGCGCUUUCAUGUUUCGGAUCCUGGCCGUGUUCAACAGCGAGCAAGAAACCAUCGCUGCUGUUUUUAAGAGCGACCUCAAGAUUGAUUUUCCCUUCGACCUCCUGGAGACCUUCUUUUUUCUGAUUGUGGGGACCAUCUGUGGGAUCGUGGCCUGUGCUUAUCUCUUCUGCCAGCGCUGGAUGAUGGUGGCCGUCAAGAAGAACCGGCUGACAGCCAAGCUCUUGGCCACCGACAAACCCGUGUACACAGUGCUGGUGGUGCUGCUCCUUGCCUCCAUCACCUUCCCACCCGGGCUGGGGCAGUUCAUGGCCUCCAGGCUCACCAUGAAGGAGUAUCUCACCUCCCUCUUUGACAACCGCACAUGGAGCUUGCUGGCCCUCAAUGCCUCAGAGGUGGCCAAGCCUGAGGGGCUCUGGCAGGAGUGGCACCAUCCCUCUGCCACCAUCUACGGCACCUUGACCUUCUUCCUGCUCAUGAAGUUCUGGAUGCUGAUCCUGGCCACCACCCUGCCCCUCCCAGCAGGGUACUUCAUGCCCAUCUUCAUCUAUGGAGCAGCCAUUGGGCGCCUGAUAGGGGAGGUCGUGGCCCUGCUCUUCCCACGGGGGCUCUAUUCAGAAGGACCCCUACGGCCCAUUAUUCCUGCUGGUUACGCCCUGGCUGGUGCAGCUGCGUUCUCGGGUUCAGUGACCCAUGCGGUGUCCACGGCCCUGCUGGUGUGUGAGGCCACUGGGCACCUGGGCCACGUCCUGCCCACUGUGCUAGCCGUGCUGGUGGCCAAUGCCAUCAGCCAGAAGAACCAACCAUCCUUCUACGAUGCCGGCAUCAUUGUCAAGAAGCUGCCCUACCUGCCCCCUAUCCGCAGCCGGCACAUCGCCUCCUACCAAGUGGUGGUGGAGGAGUUCAUGGAGCGCCAGGUGGUGGCCUUGGCCAAGGGGGAUGGUUUCCAGGAGGUGCUGAUGGCCUUGGAUACUUCUGCUGAUGCUGAGUACCCCGUGGUGGAGAGCACAGAGUCCCCCACUCUGGUGGGCACUGUCAGCAGGUCUCAGCUGGUCACCUUCCUCCAGAGCCAUGAGCACCCCCAGGCCCCCCAAGGGGAGAAGCUGGCCAUCAUGGGGACACUUGGGGACGACUGCACCAUCGAGCCCAUCAUGCUGCAGUUCUCCCCGUGGACCUCCUUGCACCAGGCCUAUCACCUGUUCCAGCUGCUGAAGCUGCAGCGAGUCUUUGUCACCCGUUCUGGGGAGCUGGUGGGAGCCGUGAGCAGGGCAGAGCUGCGGAGAGCAAUCGAGGACCUCGCCAACCCCAAGUGAUGACGUUUUGGGACCACAGGGGACCCCUCCCCAGGGAUGUCCCCCAAGAAAAGAGGAGGAGUCCUGACCCCCCAGGUGGUGUGGAGGGUCUGGGCUGGGGGCGCCGGUUCUCCGGCAGAGCGUGUUGUGCAUUAAACACAUUG